AUGGUCGGCGAUUUGGACCCGGGCCCGGUGGCUCCGAGCUCGGUCGGCCAACAGAAAUUGGCGCCCGAGGGCGGCGAGCCGGCGCGCGGCUUCAAGCCCUGCUGGGUGAGCCUGCAGCUGAAGGGCGAGUGCCCGAUCGGCUGGUGGGGCCACACCGUGAACUACACGGACGGGAAGUUGUACGUGUCGGGCGGCUACGGCAAGCAGCGCAGCGCGGAGAUCUACUGCGUGUCGCCCACCACAUGGGAGUGCAAGAAGCUGGUGACCAGCGGGGCGGUGCCGGGCCCGAGGGACUCCCACACGUGCGCGACAGUGGGCAAGGACCUCAUUCUGGUGGGUGGCACGGACGGAAAGUCGAAGAAGAGCGAGGUGUACCUGUUCAACACCGAGACCCUGGAGUGGAAGCUGAUACAGGCCCUUGGCGAGCCUCCCACCCCAAGGGAGGGUCACACUGCAUGCGUGAUCGACUCCAAGCUCGUGAUCUUCGGGGGCAUGGGCGAGGAGCCGGCACCAGACCCUGGCUGUUCUGCGCGCGCCGUCUACCUGGGCGACAUCGUGUUUCUGGACCUCAAGACGUACACCUGGCAGCGCACGGACGUGAACGAGGGCCCUGCGCCCAGGGACAGCCACGCCGCGGCGGCCGCGGGAAACCGGUUGGUCGUUUUCGGGGGCGACCGCGGAGACCAGUACCUUGACGAUGUGUGGAUCUUCACAAUGGACACCAUGAGGUGGACACAAGCGGAGCUCACAAGUAGCGUGGCUCCAGGCCCACGGGCAGGACACAUUUCUGUCUCCGUGGGGCCCAACAGCAUUCUGGUCUUUGGGGGUGUGGGGCCUGACCAAGAGAACAACAAUGACUCCUGGAUACUGCACAUUGGGCCGGAUGAAUCGCAUGGUCUUGCCGCCGGGCAGGCAUGCUGGGAGGUUCUGGAAGUGACGGGAAACCAUCUGCCACAGGGCCGCUUUGCCCAUGCUGCAGACGUUGAAGACGGCUGCCUAUACGUCAUUGGUGGCUGCACUGCGACAGCACAGCCCAUGUGCGACUUCCAUGUCCUGUGCCUCACUGAAGAAGCAGCUGCCAGGAUGCCUGCUGGCUCCACAAAAGCUUCAAGGCGUGACAGCGAUGGCCAGCCCAAGAAGGUCACCUCCUACAACCUCUUUUGUUCCCACCACAGGGUGGGCCUUCGGGACGAGAACCCUGGCUUGAGCGCAAGGGAGGUGGAGCGUCUGAUGGGCCAGAAGUGGAGUCAGCUGUCAGCUGACGAGAAGAAGCCAUACGAGGACGAGGCGUACAGAAUUUAUGCCACCAACAUGGCGAGUUUCAAAGCUUCACAGGGCGUUGGGGGGGCACCUGUGGACCUCAGCGACUCAGCAGCAAAGAGGGAACAUUCAGGGCUUGAGCCAACAUUUGCCAAGCGACAGAAGAUGGACCCAAGCCAGGUGCAGGCACUGCAGCAGCCCACUCAGGUGUGCCAGAUCUACUCACCUAAUCCCAGCCUUCUAGGUGCCCAGGUCGAAGGGCAUGUGGAUGGGGCUUUCAACUCAGGCUACCUUGCCACUGUCCGGGUUAAUGGCUUCACCUACAGGGCGCUGCUUUUUAGUCCCUACCUGGCUCUGCCCACUCCAGGGAUUGCUGCCCUAGGCCCUGUUGCCCAUGUGGCCCAUGACACCUCGGGCAUUCCACCUGACCAACUGGGUCAUGGUCCUCCCUCUGUGCCAGAGCCAAACACACUCGUGCCAUCGACUGCUCCCUUGUCGGUGACAUCAGCUGCCCCACUGCUACCUUCUUCUCACCUCAACCUGCCACCUUCAGCGCUCAUGCUCCAAUCGCACCCAGGAGCUCAGCCUGCCGUGCUCUCUUCAACAGUGGGCAUGCCAAGUCAGUUCCAAAUGUCAGCACCCGCCGCUGUCGCGAACGGAGCUGUGCAGCCUCUGGAUGCUGUCCAUGUCAUGAAUGGGGGCUGA